AUGGAGCCGGAACGGGGGCCAGUUUGGGGGCCAGCUGGGGGGCCAUCCCUGAACUGCAGCGCAGGAUGUGGGGGUGGGGGCUGCUCCAUCCCCUCUGGGGCCCAGGGCCAGGAGGCCUGGGAGAUCCUGCAGCAGCUCUGCAACCUGGGCUUGUGGGUGGUGUUCUCUCCGGGGUGUGGCGGCAUGUGGCUGUGGGGUGAGCGCGCGCUUCCCCUGGCUGUGGACCAGGUCUGGACUCCAUCUCCAGUGGAGGUCUGCUGGGUCAUCCCUGGCUUCAGCCAGAACAACAGGUAUGGACUGUACCAUCUCAGGGUGGGAGGGGGGGUCUUCACCCUGCGCUUCAGAAACAACAGGUAUGGACUGUACCAUCUCAGAGUGGGAGGGGGGGUCUUCACCCUGCGCUUCAGAAACAACAGGAUAGUGAAGAUGUCGAGCCCCAAUCUGAACGUGCUGACGCUAUGUGGGAGCAUCCUGACCUACAGCAGCGGCUUCCUGUUCGCCAUCGAGGAGCACGCCCUGCUCCCAGAGACCAGCCCCAGAGCUGCAAUGCAGGCCCGGAUCUGGACCCUGUGCAUUGGCAGCUCUCUGGUCUUUGGGCCCAUCCUGGGAAAAACGUGGAGGAUUUACCGGGUCUUCACCCAGCGUCUGCCGGACAAGAGGGUGAUAAUCCGGGACCUGCAGCUGAUGGGUCUGGUGGGGUUGCUUAUUCUGCUGGACGUCCUGGUUCUGGCUGUCUGGAGCCUGACUGACCCGAUCCAGUGUGCAAAGUCCAUCAGCGCUGUGGUUAAGGUGGUGGAGCAGGAUGUCUUCUACUCCCUGUCACAGCUGGACUCCUGCUCCUCUCUCCAUCCGGACAUCUGGAUCAUCCUCUUCGCUGUGCUGAAGGGAAGCCUGCUCCUCUACGGGACGUACCUGGCCGGUCUGACCAGCGACGUCAGCUCCCCCCCGGUGAACCAGUCCCCCGCCAUCAUGGCCGCCGUGUGCCUGGUCACGCUGUCGGUGGCGGUGGCGGUGCCCGUGUCCCGGCUCCUGCCCGACUGGCCAAACGUGGCGUACAGCGUGGUUUCUGGCGCCAUCUUCAUCUGCACGCUCGCCAUCAACUGCCUGCUGUUCGUGCCCCAGCUGACCCAGUGGAGACGGUUCGAGGACGAGCUGAACCCCAACCCCAGCCAGAUGGCCAAGUACUUCAGCACCCCCAGCAAGAGCCUGAAGUCCAUGUACAGCGAGGACGAGAUCUACUACCUGCUGGGGGAGAACAGCUCCAUGAAGAGGCUCCUCACAGAGAAAAACGCCAUGAUCGAUAGCCUGCAGGAGCAGGUCAACAGUGCCAAGGACAAGCUGCUGAGGCUGGUGGUGGUGAGCAGCCCCCCCGGGCAGGAGCGGGAGACAGACUCCUCCAACACCAACCUCAACUCCUCCUCCACCCAGGUCACGGAGCUGCCGCUGGAGUCCUCCGGCCCGCUGCUGGAGAUGGAGGACGGCCUCCCUCGCUCUCCUUCUCCUCCUCCUCUUCCUCCUCCGAGUCCUCCUCUCCCAGCUCAUGCCCCAGAGGAGGUCACGCUCAGUGCAGGGAGGGGAGGGCAGUUUGCGUUGAAAGGCCUGAGGUGUGACGCUGGGGAGACGCAGGCACAGCUGAGGAUGACUGCGGGCCCCUCUGCUUCCUCUGAGGGUGUGGAUGCCAUGGCAACGGAUCCACCACCAGAGGUGGCCGCGCCUUCAAGCAAUGACAACAUCUCGGGCCCCGCCCCUCACUCGACGCCCGCUGUCAGCCCUGAUCACGCGGGGAGCUUGGGGGUCAGCCUGGCGGUAAUGGUGGGCGGUAAACCCGGGUUCGUCAGCAGCGAGCAGCUGCAGGAGAUCCUCCAGGACCUCUGUGUGGACGCCGCCAGCACCUCCCUGAGGUCGCCGAGCCAGGCGAGGAGGACCUCGAACCCGGCCCGGGACGUCCCCCCGCCCAGGUCGUCCGGCUCGCCCGCUCAGAGCCCCCUCCACCCCAGCAUCUCGCCCUACGUCAUGAGGAGACGGAGGCCCCCGUUCCGCACCUCCAGGGCCGGGCCGCCCCCGUACUGCUACCCGGGUUCCGCGCCCCUUGUGCGGAGGAGCGUGGCUCCUCACGGUGCGGACCCCAAAACCGAGCGUGUUGCCACGGAGACUGCGCCUCACCCUGCGGACGCUGGAACAGGCGACGCCCCCGAGGAGGCGGAGAGUCACGCAGAGGACGUCCCGCUGAGGUGGGGGAGGUACGGCCCGCCUCCCCGCUGCACCCUACCGCCGUUCUCGAGGUGCCACCCGAAACCCGCCACGACAGCGGGCUCUCGGGAGGACCGGGAGCCGGGCCUGAGGGACCCCUAUGACUAUUCGGACUCGGACUCCAGCAGCUCGGAGGACAGCUACUGCUUCUACCACCGGCCCUACUGCAGCGUCUGCCUCCAGGGCCCCUACGCGUCCACGGAGAGCACCGUCUCCGAAACCUCGGACAGCGAGCCGGGGACCCUGCUCCGCCACUGCCGGAGGGUCCGCCCCGUGGUCAACUUCAACGAGGACCUCAAGCCCACUUUCGUUUGAAUUUGUUAUCGGGGAAAUCCCGUCCUGUGGUGGAACACGGAGGAGAACGGGGAGACACAUCCAGCUUACAUUUCAAGAGCAUUAGGGGAAAAUUAGGUUCCCCUUUGGUUGGUGAGAUAAUGUUGAGACAGGAACUUUCACCAAACAUGCUGAGAGACAUAUUUAUUGUUCCAUACCAGUUUUGUCAAAAGGCACAUAAAUGACUGCCAAAAUCCCCUGAUGGUUAUCAUUUUGGCUUCAAAACUGUCAUUGCGGAUACAGUACAUUGCAAAAACAUUUUUAAAUGCCUCCCAAUGUAAUGUUUGAAAAGUCAAGUUCAUUGAACAUUGCUAGCUGUCCCCAAAAAUUCCCAAAUCAAAUUAUUUUCGAACAGGAAUAACAAAACUUUUUUUCCAAGGACAUUACUGCAAUCUUCCUUUUUCCAUUCAUUGCACAUACAGGAAACAAAUUUAUGUGUUGGUUUACCCUAACAUUUACCCUAACUUUCCAGGAAUGUUCUGCAGACUAAAAAUAGUUAGCUAUGCAUUUCCACUGUGAGCAGCAUCAUCAUUCCAUGGCUGCCGUGUGACCUUACUGUGUUUGCCCUAUGACCUCAGUGACUGGACCAAUCAUAUGACAGUCUCUUUGUGUUUGCUUGCCCUUGCAUAUCCAUUAAGUGUUGGCUGCCAUUUCCUGGUAGAGCCUUGAGCAUUUCAUGUUGUAUGAGGAGCUGAGGUCGGUGCUUGUCUUCUCUGAAGAACUUUCCUGAAGUAAUAUUUCUGAGGUCUUUAUUAUCGCUUUAUUUUUUAAGGAUUUUCUUUUUUAAGCUUAAUUUAUUUCACAGCUUGCCUUUAAUUUAUUAGCUCCGUGUUAAUUAGCAUUUUCAUUUUCAUUAAUAGCAUGAUGGCAUGUGGGGAUGCGACAUCAAAAAAAAAUUACAAAUGAGAAAGAAUGUGUUUUUAAUUUAUCUGGGAGUGUUUUGACAUUUUGUAAAUAAAAUGUGUUUUUUGAUGAGUUGAAA